AUGGAAUUGCAUUUGUUGUGUAGGAGUCGCGUUGGGUCGCCGACGAUGUCAGCGACUGUUGCCGGCAACCAGCAACAGCAACAUCCUCAUCAGGAGUGGGACAUCAACGACUCGAAUGUACCAAAGGUAGUAGAAUACGAUCCCUGGUGCGAAUGGGCUGAUGGUCACGUAAGAAGGGUCUAUGGACCUGAAUGUGAAGAAGCGAGAAGACACGCGUCUGGAUGGGCGAUGAGAAAUACGAACAAUCACAACGUGAGCAUCUUGAAAAAAUCCUGCCUUGGCGUUUUGAUCUGUUCGCAAGAAUGCAUACUACCUGGCGGCGGAAGGGUUCACCUUCGACCGGCGAUUUGUGACAAGGCGAGAAAAAAGCAACAAGGAAAGCCAUGCCCGAACAGACAAUGCACGGGUCGGUUGGAGAUACUUUCGUGCCGUGGCCAUUGCGGUUAUCCAGUGACGCAUUUCUGGCGGCAUACCGAGCACGCGAUAUUUUUUCAAGCCAAAGGACAACACGAUCAUCCGCGACCGGAAGCGAAAUCUACGUCCGAAGCGAGGCGAAGCGUGGGUGCUGGCAGAAGGGUGCGCGGUUUGGCGGUUCUUCUGGCGAACGAGGCUGCUUUAGGGUCUAAAUUAAUGUCACUGCGGGGUACGAAAAGACCAAACUCGGAAGCGAUCGAACCGCCAAGAACAACACAACCACCACCACUGAUACCGGAUAAAGGAUAUUCCUGUUCCUGUCCUCCAUUUGAAUGUAUGUGUGGUCUACAGACCAACGCCUCGGCUUAUCAACAUUCUCAUCAUCAUCAGACAACUAUGUAUCCUCAACAAACAGCCUCGAACGACACCCCCUACUGGCUCCAAGACACCGUGCCAGCCCAAGAGAACGCUCUCGGGUACAAUCUUUCCAAUCAGAUACCCCAAGAAGCCACCUACCCCGACUUUCCUCCGUUUACCGGAGAACUGCUCCAACCAGAAGAGAUCUUCCAGCUGGAUCAGCCCCUAAGACCAGAAUUCAACAUGAAUUCUCAAGAAGUAGCCAGAUCACCACCCACUUUACUAGAUCUUGGAAGUGGUACCAUUAAAUACGAGAUGAAACAGCAUCAGGAUCAAGCUUAUUGGAAUCAGUUUCUCAGCGAAGAUUCCAGUAGUAGUCAUUUGAGCAUGCCUCAAGACGACAGACUUCAAUUUCCUGGUUUUGAGACAGAUAAAGACUCCAAUGGUUUCUGCGUCAAGAGACCCGUAAACCAUUUCAUCUCCAACAAGGAAAUGAGUCAGAAUCAUCACCUGAGCAAUCCAUUAAACUUUCAAGAUUACCAACGACAGCAUAAUCACAAGAAUUUCGUGGAUGGAACGGUGAAGAACGAUCAAGAGAGCAAUUAUUGGACUCAAAACCACCAGGAUGACCGUCUCACCUUUCCUGGAUUCGAUCCUCAGAAAGAAGAGGAUUUGUUACCCUCUAGAAGAAACCUGAACUGUUUUCCCAAAGAAAAUUGUCAACCAGGACUAAUGGACAGGGGGAAUUAUAACGUUUACCCAAAAAAGGAAAAUGGAAUGGUUGAUCCUGUUCGUCCUAGUCGCAGCCCCAUGGAGAAUAAACAUUACUCUUACGAUGGUUAUAAUCAUAUGUUCGAGCAAUCAGAUGCGAAGAAUCAAUUAACCAGUCGACCAAAUCAAAACGCGAAUCGAAUGGUCCUCGAUGAAAGACUGCAGAACAAUUACGGUCGUGAGACGAAUCCAGAUUCGACUGAAAGAUUAUUUCCGGAUUCAAAUGGUAUGGAGGCAGCUAUGCCAACGCAAAACAGUCCAGAACCUUUCUUUUAUCCCAGUAAUGAUCGUUGCCAUUACACUUGCGAGAUACUUGACACGCGGCUACCUCAAAUGACCAUGAAUCCCACAGUUACACAAUCGAGUAUAAAUAACUAUGGUGAUGUUAGUGAAUUGGAUUUACCUCCCUUCGUCGAUUACACGCUCGUAGGAAUGCUGUGCUCUACGGAAGAAGACACGUCGAACUUACUACCUGGCUGCCCCCAGAACUCACAGAGCUACGUUCCCCAUCAUUAGAUCCUCCCGACCACCAUCUUCAUUUGUAUUAUAAAUACGAAGUAUAUGAUAGUUACAGCUUGAACACGCGAGUGUCGUGCAGUUUUGUUUUCCAUCCCUCGUCGAGUUCUUCAUCCUGUCGUAUUAUAAAGUUGAUUUUGCGAUUCUGAGAGAUCAAACUCGACACAAACAUUGUAACUCUAACGGACAAAGAUCUUCUUACGUUGAACUAGAAUUUCGAAUUGUUAUUUAACUGAAGGAAAUAAAGAAAUUUUUGUUAAUAGGAGACUCUUGGUUUAGAAAAGGACACACCUUGCCGUCCCCUUUUCGAUUCAUCUUUCCACGUAAAGUUGUCCCAUUACCGAUUCUUCCGUGUUUGUUGGGACACCAUGUAUAAUUACUAACUCUACUGUCGUUUUAAAUGAUUUUGAAAGGUUGUAGGGUUCAAAGCACUCGAGUCGAAGUAGCUUGGAAAAAAAUCACGUGAUUUAUUCGUAAUUUAUUUUAUUCGUAACAGUUACUCUCACGAUCACAAUUGUAUGUAUAUUAUGUAAUAUUAUCAUAUACCUAUUUUGCGUUACACUUUCUCGAUUACAUGCGCGAUAUUCGUUUUUCUUUUUGCUAUCCAUUUUUUUUUUUCAUCCCUUUUGAAACAAAUGCUGAUACCAUCUGCUCGAUGUUCGAAUUGUCUAAUCUGUUUAUUUCCUAUUUCGCGUUGCUUUUCCACAAGCGGCGAGCACAAGGGAGACGAGAAACGAAACGGGUGCGAAUCCGGUCACGUGCAUCGUCGAACGAUCAACGAAAUCGAUCGCCUAUUCUAUCUUUCGUCUAUCUCCCAUUUCUUGUUCGUUUCACUCUCGCCGAACUUAACUAUCGAAGAAAAGAGUGUUGCAGCGAGUAAUCUAAACGGAUCGCUUACGUUCAUGUUUGUAAAGCGUACUACCGUGGCUCAGCAUUGACGAAGAUUUGAGAAGAAAACGCAGAUAACAAACAAGAAGGCUCGUUUGAUCGUUCGAUCGCGAAAUUCACGCUCGCGGAUCUCGUUGAUUGGUUCAUCUGAUAUAGUGGUUCGGUGAUCGCGCGAAUUAUGCCACAACUCAGAUCUAAGUGAUUAAACGCUACGGAUGAUGUGCUAUUAUCUCCCGGAAAAAUCGCUAAAUCUCGCAAGAAAGUAUAUUGAAUCGUCAAGAUGUAAUUUACUUUUACAAAGAGCGUCGAAUAAUGGUUUACGUAUCGUUCUCGCGCAAAUGAAACAUUUCUUCGUAUAUUCUAAAAAAAAAAAAAGAAAAGAAAAAAAGACAGAAGAAA